AGUGCUAUCAGGGAAUUCCCUGGUGCUACCAUUCAUGUACUUGUGUGUGUGUGUGUGUGUGUGUGUGCUGACAACGUGUGCAUUUGCUGAGGUCUUUACAUAGCACUGUACCUGUGUAUCUUCUAUCUGACAAACAUGCCAAGACUGAAAUGGAACUUUAAUAACAAUUCCUGAAGAUCCAGACUUCACUAUGUCCGAGGAGACACCCGACAUUACAACAGGGUCUGCACCUGGUAAAAGACCUCUGGAAUUAUCGUCAGAUAUCAAUCCUGAUUCAGAUGACUCAUCAAUAGCCCCUAAAAGGAUCAAAAUAAUUGAUGAAAACAACAAAGUAAAUUCACCGAAAUCACACAAUGCAAUCAGUAAUGGAGGACUCGACUCCCCUACAAGUAAUGGAGGAGAGGACAGACAUGAGCCGGAAGAUGGUAGCAAUCAAGAGGACCAAGCGGAAGCUCUGCCAAAGUACGUAAUGGAGGCAGAACCUUCACCACAGCCAGACACAAAUGGAAAGGGUGAGGAUACUGCUCCUGCUUCUGAAACAAACUCUGGUGAGCCUGCACCUUGCAACUUGAACAAUGAUAAGAGUGACAAGAGUGAUGGAAAGACAGGAGAGGAUCUUCAAAGUGAAAAGGAUACAGACCAGUCUGAUUCCCAUGAGGAUAAAUUAAAAAGUGUGAAUGUGAGUGAUAUAAAUCCAGAUAGGACAGAAAGCUCAGGGAGUUGCAAUGGUGAAGAUAACAAGGAGGCAUCAGACAAUAGAAAGGAAACUGUACUUAGUAGUGAGAAGGAUAAGUCUCAAGGUGAAAAGGUCAAUGGUGCAGAAAGUGACAGUGAAGCAAUGGAGGUGGAUGUUGAAAACGACUCAUUAGAAUCGGCAGGGACCAGCUUGGACAAUGCUAAACCGAAGUCAGAGACAACCAGUACGUCCGAUCCUCACAGUGUAAGUGACACCAGUGUGCCAAAGGACAGCUCAGGUGCGUCAAAAGAUUCAGUUGACAAUUCAACAAGUGAACAUCCUGUAGAAGAGGAUAUUGACUUACAAAACAGUGCUAAAGACAGUGAUUCUAAUGACAAAAUUGAAAUAAACUCCGAUGAAAAAGACAAUGAUGGUGAAAAGCGUGAUGAAAGUCAUCUGAAGGACAAGGAGAAAGGAGAAACAGAAAAUUCAGAACAGAAAACUAUGGAAGACUCUACAAGUGAUGCAAUGGAAAUCGGUGAAGAUAAUAAGGAGAACAAAGAAGAUAUCUUGAUGGAUUGUCUUCAUUUGCUUUCUGAAGAACAACAUGAAGCUCGCUCAAUCAUCAUGAAAAAAUUGCAGGAAGAAUUGAGAAAUGAGGAGACAAAAUUGCUACUUUUGAAAAAACUAAGAUUGAAUCAGCAACAGCCUGUAUCAGUACCGACUAAACCAGAUGGUGCAGCCUCAGCAGCAGGAGCUGGUACCAAUGGUACAGGACCUGUUCAAAUCCAUAGAACUGGACUGCCACAAAAUAUGGCUCAUUCCUCUAUGACAGGAACAAAGCCACAUGCUAGUAUUCAGCCACAAUCUAAUUCCUCCAAUCGACCUGACAUGCCCCAAAUGAUGCGUGGCACCCAUAUACAGCGGCAGUUACACAACUACCAGAAGGGCCACUCAGGACCACCACCCUUGAUCAUGGCACAGACAAGCAGAUCGUCCUCAUCAUCAUCAGCAGCUACAUCUCAGUCAGGUCAGAUGGUCCGUGCUCCUGUGGUAAGAAUUUCCACAUCCUCAUCGGCAUCGACCACUUCAACUCACAGUGUUUCACGCCAGAUGCAACAUCAACAGCAGUCAAGUAGCAGGCAGAAUCAGAUAGCCAAUGAUGGCCAGUCGGCAGCUAGCAGACAAGCAGCCGCAAAGUUGGCUCUUAGGAAACAGCUAGAGAAAACUCUUCUCCAGAUCCCUCCACCUAAACCUCCUCCACCUGAAUUGCACUUCUUGCCCAGUGCAGCCAACAAUGAAUUUAUCAUUCUUGUUGGGCUGGAAGAAGUGGUGAACACAAUACUUGAUCUUGAUAAAAAGGAUAAAAACCAGUCCAAGGGAUUUGUACAACCAUACAAGUGUGGGCAGUGCAACACUGACUUCACUACUAUAUGGAAGCAGGUAAAGAUGGAUCCAAAACAAGGCAUCAUGUGUGAGUCUUGCAUCGUGUCCAACCAGAAGAAGGCUCUGAAAGCUGAACAUACCAAUCGUCUAAAGACGGCCUUUGUCAAAGCAUUACAGCAGGAGCAAGAGAUUGAGCAACGCAUCCAGCAGAGUCAGAGUACAACUCAACAACCAUCCACUAGCAGGGUUAGCAGCAGCAGCAGUUCACAAAGACACAGGACUCAAAACGUGGUUCAUCGCAGUCAAGCUAGCAACAUUCACCACUCAUCAUCGUCCUCGUCAUCAUCGUCAUCUAGUCAGGCACAUAGGCAGAGGGUGAUGAAUCCAGCUCCAAGCCAGCGGGUUGUACAGCAACCAAUCCAUUAUGCCUAUAUACCCAACUUUCCUGUGUCUGCACCUCAGAUUCAGAUCAUCCCGAAGCAGCACAUGGUAGCUCCUCAUCGCCCCCCUACUGAGCGGCAACGGGAAUACCUACUGGACAUGAUCCCAUCCAAGGGACUUGGUCAUCCACAGAACUCUGUCAUAUGGAAACGAUGAGAAAUCUCAGAGACCGUAGAUUCCCCUCCCUGUUUCACCUAUCCCUGAUCAACGAUAUGGCUCCAUGUAGUACAGACAUCUUUAGAAUAAUUCUUCACCCUUUAAAAAUAGUUCUUUUCUUGUUCCAUACUUUAUUGAUGUUGUGUUAGCCCUAACCAUUUUCUCUCAGAUUAAUUUGUUAAUUUUUGGGUAUUCAGUAUUUGGCAUGUGUGAAGUUAGCUAGCAUCCUCUGCCAGUUCCAUCCAUUGGAUGGUAGGCUAACCCGAUUGAAAAAAAGAUGCGAUUGUUUUGACGGAAAGAAUCAGUAUAAGGAUACACCCUUUAAGUGCUUGCAUUAAUGCUUUCUUGAACCUAACCACAGCAUCACGUCUUAUUUCCAUGUCUUCUCAAAAUUGCAAAUUAUGUCUGGUUUAAAAAAAAUGGUUAAUGAUUUUUUCUAUAUUGAUAUUAUUAUAGCAUGGCCUUGUGUUUACGAUUUAAUCCAUUUUUAGUUUUUUGUUUGUUUUAAUUUCCCCUAAACAGUGUAAUUUGUGAAACCUCUCCCCCAUUCCACUCAUCUCCUAUGAUUGCUCUGUUAUUUCUCUAAUGCAAAUGUGUUCAGAUGUGUUAUUUAUAUGGACUAAGUAAGCAUAAUGGUUAAGUUCAAGAAAUGGUUACAAGUAACUUAAUUUGCUUCAGUCUUCUUGUUAGCCCUUGAUGACGGCCAAUCUACCUGGGUACCAUCCUCUUGCUUUGCUGUCCCCCAAAUUUCUCUUACUGACAUGGUUACCCAUCUGAUUUUUUCAGAAAAUUGCCUUGCUCUCUUAUUGGCUUUAAUUACUGCAAUGGCUGUCAUGCUCUAUUGAUCCUUAGUAUAUUAAUUAGUAUUGUGCAAUCUUAGCUUGCUUUAACGUGUUACCAUUGUUUACUGAUUUGGUAAAGAAGUGAAUGUAUCUUCAUUGCAUGAUUGACCCAAUAUAUAUGAUACCUUGAAAAGUUGAAAGCCAAUUCAGUGUAAGAAUAGUGUGUGAACUCAUAUAUGGUGAAAAUCACUGAAGUGGGGAUGGAAUCAAGAAGGGGAUUAAAUGAUGGUCAUAUUGUAGAAUUAUUUGGCUAAGGUGGCCAAAAUAAUGUGUUCUCAUCCUUUAUUCAGUAAUAUCCUACAUGUAAUGAAUGGGAAUUGCAAGAAACAUGAAAAUUAUUUGAUUGGUAAUUUUAGGCCCACCCCCCCCAAAAGUCAAGUAAUUAAUUGCAAGUUUUGCAAUUGAUUGCUAAAAUGCUUCUCACAAGAGAGUGUAUUUCAUUUUGCUGUGAUAUAUUGAUAUGGAAAUUGAAAUUUGCAAUCAGUUGCAAAUGAAUUUCUUGCAAUACCCCCAAAGUUUGUUCAUUAUUUACAUGUAUUCCCUACUGCUUGCCAGCAUUGCAUGUUAGGGAGUCUGUAUUGGUUGAAAUCUUAUUUUGUCCAAGUGUAUAUUCUUGUGGAGUUUAGUGUAAAACCAAAAUACUAAGGGAAAAAAAUGGAAAUGUACGUCCAGUUAUGUGAGAUAAUUCAGGAAUUAAGAUGGUCUCUGUCUAACACAGUUAAUGGGUAUAACUUACAUGUAUGUUUCUCCCAGGGAAUAAUAUAGUCUGACUUUAUUUAACAUAUAUUUAUGCAACAUAACAUCAAUAUGUAUAAAUGACGUUUCCAAACCAAUUUUUUGGGGGACUUUCUCUCCUGGUUGGAUAUCGACAUGAUUCACAUUUCAUGUCAUAAGCGAAUAGAAAAUGUAAUAUAUUGAAUUAUUGAUUACAAAAUUAAUAAGAUGACUGAUUGGAUAACUUGCUGUAAGGAUGUUUUUAUUGUUAUAUUCUUGCUGUAAGGAUUUUUAUAAUCUUCUUACCAUGGAGUAUGCACACAAAACAUUGAGAUCAAAUAACCUAGAAAGAUAUUUCAGAGUGCAAAUUCCCUUAAAGAUGUUCAUGUGCUACCAGUUUAAAUUUCAACAUAGAAUUUCAUAUUUAUCAAAUAUAAUGUCAUAGAGUAAUCUCUAUUUGUUGAUCUUUAAUGAUCCAUGUAGCUUGUAUAGCAUAUAGGACCACACCCUUUUUCCUAGCAUGCAAAAUCUAUCAUAUGAACAGCAUGGUUUAACUAACCUAAACCCUUGUGAUAAGUCAUCAUGCUGACAAUAUUAAGAGUAUGCAAAAUAAUUCCUAUAAAGGUCAUAAAUUGAAACAUUUUCAAGAAUUUUUGCCAUUAAGGCAAAAAGUUGGUUUCAAUUUUGGUUUUGUUUUGGUUUCCGUGUUUUUUUUUUGUAUAUUUUUUUAUAGAGCCAAAGCUAAAGGAAAUAGGAAUUGAAAUGUACUUCAAUAUAAAUUGACUUAUAUAAGGAAUGCUAGCUUUUGUCAAUGAAAAGUAAAUUUGUAUCAUUGCACUGUAAGACUUGACAAAAGUUUCUUCAAUUGAUGCUGAUGUUUGUAUUUUAUUACCUAUACUUACAAUGUGAUAUUGAGGACGAUUCACUGAUGAUAAUGAGGAGGAUGAGGAUGAAAACUAUGUGGAAUCUGUAAGAUUGUUUAUAAGAUGUAUUAUUUUUCUUCAUUUUGUCAUUAUAUAAUGCUUGUCUAUUGUGACUGUGGCUACUUGUACAUGUAUAUGGUCCACUUUCUCCAGUGGUUGUUUCAAUUACUAUAUUGUAUAUGAUGAUGAUGAUAUGUCCACUAGGUGUUAGUAUAAUCAUUGAGAAAUUUAUAUUGAAAUCAAAUUAAUUCGAUGGCACUGCCAAAAGGCUGCCCUGUAGUCGUUUGUUAACCAUGACAAUGUGCGAUCUUAUCAAGAAUAUUUUCUGAAAAAGUAUAUGUGAUCUGUUUAUCUGAUCAAUAAAUUGAUUUUUGUGUAGAUAUUUAGCGUCGCUAUGGACUUUGCUUAAAUUAUUUUUGGGAAGUAAAGGAUUUCUGUAGCAAGGGAAGUUUUUGUUGAUUGUAAUAUUAUUUUUCUCUUUUCUUUUUUUUUGUGUAGUACAAUUUGGAUGCCACUCACAUGUCCUGAAAAGAAAUUAAUAAAAAAGAAAUAAAAAUAAAA